GGAAGUAUGGAAGUCUGGAGUGACUUAUGCUCGGAUCUCUUGCAUUUGAUCUGUGUGUGUUGCAACUGUCGAAGGACCUGACAAAACUGACUCCUGGCCCCUGGGGCACAGCUGCGCGUAGCCUUACGAUCAUGAUGGAGGCAAUGACACGCUUUCCUGCUUUCGAAUCAUCGGAGCAAGUGCAAGUCUAUCGGUGCUCAUUUCCACAGUGCUAUUGCGUCACGCUGAAACCUUGCCAUGCGCAGCCGCUAUAAAACUCUGUUGAUGGAUUACUCAUAAAGACCCUUCGCAUUCAACUCUUCUAAUCUCAUCAAGUAAAAUGUCUUCUGGGCAGACGCUUGCCCAAAUGAACCUCACGUGUAUGUGGCUAGUUGCCAUACUUUACGGAAUCAAUUGUAUAUUAUUCGGUACAUGUGUUUGUGUCAUCUCAAUUAGGAGUCCAGCCCACAGCAGGCUUCUGCUCUGUGCUACCUCGUUUCAAUUCACGAUGUCAACUGCACAUGUGAUAUUGAUGUUUGUACAAGCAAUGAUUGCAUUCACGAAUACGACGAUCGCUGCUACUCCUGACGGGGCAAACUUGUACUACGCAGCUACCGGAAACUACAUUUUCUUAGCUGGUCAGUUAAUCUAUAUUGUCAAUUCAUUUGCUCAAGAACUACUUUUGAUAUGGAGACUCUACGUCGUCUGGAAUCAGAAUAUCAAAGUUUGCAUUCUACCGCUCAUUAUGUGGGUAGCUCACUGUGCUACCGCUUCCGUCGCCGUCGCCUUGCUCGCGCCUAAGAAUGCUAGCAUAUUUUCGUAUACCUUUCGAGUCCUCUCAUUGUCAGCAUGGUCACUCGAGAUGAUCUUAAAUGUUACAGUAACUGCUGGUAUCGUGUAUCACAUCUGGCGAACAGGUCAGCAAACAGCUGCUCUGACCUGCGGCGGCGGCUUCAGGUACAAAGGCACCAUCAUAACGAUCGUGGAAUCUGGGGCGCUCAUCACAGCCUGUACAUGCGUGAUUUUUUGUUUAUGGGUAGCAAGUAAUAUUGCAGGGUUAGUGGGAAGCAACAUUGCAAUGCAAGUCGCUACAAUGACCCCUCUCCUCAUUAUUGUCCGCGGCGGUCUUAGACGCUCUCAUUCUAAUCUUGGAUCACAUGAGAGAUACUCACACAAUCUAGAUCCUUGGAGGUCAACGUCCUUUGUUCGCAAAUUACAGACAGACACCAAUGAAUAUCAUAUCUAAAGGCAAGGGUGCGGGCAUGAGCGCCGUCGUCGAUAGCACAGGAGGAUAUGAUUAGGUAGGAGAGAGAUUGGUCUCGGAGGAUGCAGUAUCAGAUGGUGUGAAGGAUAGGAGUUGUUGCUCGGAUUAGCUUGGCGCAAAUGACACUGAUAGACGAAUCAUAUCGCAUCUCGACACCAAAUUAAGUCCAUACAGCUCCCCGUGAAGAAUGGUAUCCCAUUGGCAUGAUUAUCCAGCGAGCCAACGAGCGAACCCACUAAUGUUGUGACAGAUUGCACACUUUCCAAAGUCACUUGAGCCAGGAUCAUGG